GGGGCAGCCUCUGGGGGAGAAGAAAAAGGGUUGCAGAGAACGGUCCCACGGAUCCUUGGAGGAGGAGAAGGAAAUUCUUUUGGAGGAUAAUUAAACUGGAGAAUUAACGCGGAUAGUCCCUGGACCCAAGAUGGAAGACACUUCUAAGGAGGAAAAUCUAGGACAGAUACAACUACACAAGGGAAUGGGAGGAAUGCCCCAAAAGAGUAAAUCCCAGGUAGAAGAAGCUUCUAAAAACCGGAAGAGAAUAGGGAAACCCUCUGGAUCCAGAAGAAUGAAGCCCAUCGUGUCUCAAGGAAGCUCCAAGGAACGGCCAAUUCGGCAAAGAAACCGAAUGUCCAAGAAACAGCAUCCGUGUCCUGACUGUGGGAAGGUCUUCAACCGGACCUCUGCUCUCCGUGCCCAUCAGAGAGUCCACACAGGCGAGAAGCCCUAUAAGUGCACUGAGUGUGGGAAGAACUUCAGCAAGAGUUCACACCUCAUUGCUCACCAAAGAAUCCACACAGGAGAAAGGCCCUACACUUGUUUGACCUGUGGGAAAAGCUUCAAUCACUCUUCCCAUGUGAUUAUCCACCAGAGAACUCACACAGGGGAGAAACAUUACAAGUGUUUGGAAUGUGGGAAAAACUUCCGAUACAGUUCUGAUCUCAUCAGGCACCAGACUGAACACGCAGGCGAAAAACCCUUCCGGUGUGCAGACUGUGGGAAAUGUUUCAAUCGGACCUCCAACCUCCUUAUCCACCAGAGAAUACACACUAAAGAGAAACCCUACAAGUGCCUUGAGUGUGGGAGAAACUUCAGUUACAGUUCAGUCCUUAUCAGGCACCAAAGAGUGCACACCUCUGAGAAGCCUUAUAAAUGCCCUGACUGUGGGGAAGGUUUCCAUGUGAACGCAACCCUCCUUACACACCAGAGGAUACAUACAGGAGAGAAACACUAUUCAUGCUCAGAGUGUGGGAAAAGCUUCAGGUGGAUAUCACAUUUAAAUAGGCAUCAGAAGAUCCACACUGUAGAAAAAUCUGCCAUUGCUUCCUCCAGAAUUAUUUAUUCCAUUCACCUUCCUUUCCUCCUCCUUUCCCCUUUAUUUAUUCAUACAUCUUCUCCUUUUUGCCCCUUACUGUUCAACAUUAUGGGUGGAAAAGACUGGAAACCCUCUUUUUUGUUUAAAAUCUGGUUUGCUUCAACAGGUGAUGGGAUGGCAGCCAAGACUGAGAAGCAGAUGUCCAUAAAAGAAGAGCCAGAGCCUGUAGAAAGGCAGGUGAUCUUUAGAGGAGGAUCUAAAGAGAGCGUCUCUCAAAAAUGUAAACAGGAAAGGGGGACUAAAAGUCACUACAAUUUGCUGCCGGAGAGGAGAGAAAAAGUCGCUUCUGAUAAAAUGCAAGGCAAAGCCGGUCAGUGCAAGGAGGAGAGUUUAAAAAGUCUUGACCAAAUAGUAAUCCAGCAACUGAUCCACAUUGGAGAAAGUAAAAUCACGCCAAGCAAGCAGGAAAACAGCUUCUGCCAGAGUGUAGGCAUUAACAGACCUCAGAUUGUCCACUUGGCAGAGAAGCCAUAUCUCUGCAUCAUUUGUGAGAAAACUUUCCGCAAUCACUCAGGUCUUAUGGUCCAUCAGAGAAUCCACACUGGAGAGAAGCCGUAUAAAUGCCCCGAUUGUGAGAAGAGUUUCAACCAGCGAUCCCAUCUGACCUCUCACCAUGGGACCCACACAGGCGAGAAGCCGUUCAAGUGCUUUGACUGUGGGAAGAGCUUCAGUUACAACUCUGGGCUCAUAAUACACCAGCGGAUCCACACCGGGGAGAAGCCAUAUAAGUGCUCCAACUGUGAAAAAAGCUUCAGUCAAAAAUCUCAUCUCCUUUCCCAUCAGAGGACCCACAUGGGAGAGAAGUCCUUCAAAUGCCCCGACUGCGGGAAAAGCUUCAGUUACAACUCUGGUCUCGUGAUACAUCAACGAAUCCACACUGGGGAGAAACCAUAUAAAUGUUCUGAUUGUGGGAAGAGCUUCAAUCAGAGAUCGCAUCUCAUUUCGCAUCAAGGCAUUCACACGGGGCAGAAGCCAUAUACCUGCCAGGAUUGUGGGAAGAGUUUUAGCUUCAAUUCUGGGCUGGUUAUACAUCAACGGCUUCAUACUGGAGAGAAACCUUAUAAAUGUCCCCACUGUGGGAAAAAUUUCAAUCAGAAAUCGCACCUUAUUUCACACCAGAGAAUCCAUACUGGGCAGAAAUCUUAACUUCUAAAGACAAUUCUGUAGAGGCUAUUAAUAUUCGCAUCAUCUUUGCUUUCUAAACAGGAGCUUUUGGAGAACAAUGUGCAUCGUCAUUUGUGUGUCUGGAAGCAGUGGGCUUAUUUUAGAAUUUUGAAAUUAGAUUCAUACUUACAUGUUCAUCAUGUCAAGACCUGUAGCAAAAAGAAAAGUGACAACCAAGAACAGUGGAUGGAACAGGAGGACUGAGGUCAGGGGUCAAAGCUACGAUUAUAAAAUGCCAGAAAGCCAAUACUUAAUGUACUUUAAUAUCCGAUUUUCAAUUUCAUGAGUAAAUAAUAUUGUAGUUUUAAAUGUAAAGGAUUUAUUGGUCAGUAGGAAAAUGCUUUAAAAAUUCUCAUUGAUGUGUUAAUAUAGAUUCUUAGCUUGUGCAAAAUAUAUAGCCCUCUUUCCAAAGUCUCAUCAGUGCACAGGGAGAAAGUGGGAAGUUGGGCCCCACUGCUGAUCACAUCCUUGAUGCUUUGUUCCCUUUUGGCUUGGGAGUUUGCUAUGCUUAGAUUUGAAAAGGAAAGCCUACAUUUCUUAAAACGAAAAGUGGUAUAUCUGUAUCUAUAUCACAUGGGAUGCUGGAAUAAAGACAUGACAUACAAGUUGGGGCCACAAGGCAUUCCUUGUUCCUCUACAAAUCCUAGACUAUGCAUGGAGACAACUUUGGAAUUUCAAAAUAUAGUAAAUCAAGAAAGUCAUCCUUGUUAAUAUACAAUCUCUAGAUUAGAUUUCUCUAAUGCUUUCUAUAUGAGGUGGCCUCUGAAAAUGGUUUGCAAACUUCAGUGGAUACAGAAUGCAUCAAGAUUACAAAUUCAACUUGAAAUAUGCUCGAUUUAAAUUAGUAUAUAGCUCCAUUUUGUUCAGUUGACUUUGGUUAGUGACUUGCUUCUGAACACCAUCCAAAAUGCUGCUUAUUGGCUGUAAACUUUCAAUGAUUGCCACAGUCCUCCUCAGGAACCUUGCAUUGUGCCCUUGUGUGGUGGAGCUGGGGAAUACCACUUCUCAGUUGUGACACCAGGCUGUAGAAUUCCCUACUCCAAGUGGUCUGUUUGACCCCUUCUUUAGUAGUGCUUAAAAUUGGUAUUUUAAAGGAAGCAUUUUGUUCUACCUCUCUCUCCACGCCUGCCGUGAUUUUAUUUUAGGUUUUGAAUAUUUGAUCUAGGUUCCAGCUUGUUUUCAGGUUAUUGUUGUUACUACUACAUUGGAUCCAGACUUAGUCACACUUAAAAAAAGACCCACUGAAAUCAGAGAGGUUUAAGGUAAUCAUGACUAUCCAGUCCCAUUGAUUUGAAUGUGCUUAUGUAUAAGCAUGACAAUGUAUGGCCUUCAUUUUUGUUGAGUUCCAGUGUUCAACAGCACUUGGCAUUAUGGCCAGUGGUGAGAGAUGGUGGGAAUUGCAGCCUUACAACAUCUGGAAAGCCAUUGUGUAUAUGGCUGUAAUAUUGGAUGCUGUGUGCUGCCCUGAGACCAAGGGGCUGAAAAACAGGGUGUAAAUAUUAAGUCAAUUGGUAUUUAUCACAUUUUAAACAUUGAUCAUUACAGCUUAAUUGCAGCAACUCCACUGUACAUAACUUUGCUGAUCAGAAUGGUGUAUAUGGUAGUUUUUAAAGUACUGAAACUGUUUCCUUGCAAUAAGUGGAGAGUGUACAACUCUAACAUGCAUUUUUAAAAAGAUAUUCUGAUACUGGUUGUUCCCUUGGAUUUUUAUUUUUUGCCACUUUCUCUCCCCUCCUCAUAAUCAAAUGUAGUAACUGCAGCACUAAGAGGAUUUACUUGCUUGAAUUAACUUUUUAACAACACAAGUGAAGCAAUACAAAAACUCUGGAGCCAUGCAGGAGAAGACACUUUUCAUGUACCAGAUGGCUGAACCUUUGACAACAGGGUAUCUUCAGAAUAGCAUUUCCUGAUCAUCUGAGUAGUCGGUCAAGUUCAUAGCAAGAGAGGCAGUCCCACAGAUUGCCAAGCCCUAAGCUGUGUAGGGUUUUAUGAGUUAGUACCACCUCUUGAAUUAUUCCCAGAAGACAUCAGCAAUUGUUGACAUUUCAUUACAGGAAUCAUAUGAUUUCUAUACAUUUCACCAGUCAGCAGCCUAGCUGCCCUACUUCGUAGCAUUUGCAAUUUCUAGACCCUUUUCAAAGGUAGCCUCACACGCAGCUCAUUACAAUAGUCCAGAAAGAUUGUAACUUCUCCACAGUCCAGCUGGCUUAGGAAGAGUUGCAGUUGCUGCACUAGCUUGUAAUUGUGCAAACGUUCUCCUUGCCAAGGCUGCCACCUGGAAGUCCAGUGACAGCUGGGGAUCAAGGGUCACUUCUAGACUCCAAACUGCUGCUCCUGGGAGCUACAACCCUAUGUGGAGCAAGCUUCACUCCAAAUCCAGCUUUUUCCAUACCAACAGCAGUUCUGACUUGUCUGGAUUUAAUUUCAACUUGUUUUCUCUCAUCCAGCCUAUUAUCGAGGUUAAGCAACAUUUAGGGGUACGGAUUCCUUCCUUGAAAAUUGGGUGUAGUAGAGCAGGGUUUCUUCAUACUGAUGGCAUCUAAUUCCAAAACUCUGGAUGAGUUUCCCCCAGUAGUUUCAUGUAAAGAUGCUAGUAAUAAGUCAUUGUUUGAUGUUGAAAUCUGUUUUCAAUCUUUUUUUUGUUGGUGUGUGUAUGUAGUUGAGAAACAAGAAGUGUAUUGCCUACUGAGUGCUAAUCUAGCUCAGCCUUUCUUUACUCAUUCAAAUGGCUGGGGGAACAUGGGAAUUAUAAUGGAGCACAUCUGGAGAAUACCACAUGGGAAAAAGCAGCCUAGUAAAUAUUUCAUGGCAUAAUAUUUUAGGGGCAAUACUUAUUGUCCUAUAAAAAAUUAAAGGAAUGCCAAUAGAAAUAAACAUCUGGGGAGAAAAUGUGGUUUCUCUUGUUAGUGUUUUUUUAAAUUCUUCAGCGCAUGCUUAUCAGUUUUAAAAGUCAACCGCAUGUAGGGAUGAGGGCAAGAAUCCAAAAUGUUUUGCCAACAGUAUCACUUACACCCAUUCAUCUUAGAAAGAUACUAAAAUACUAGUGAGUACAGUACUCUGGCCAUAAAGUGUAAACCCUUGUGUCUUGUCAAAUGCAAUGCCUUGGAUAUCUUGCUCAAUAAAAAUAUAAUUUCUUUUUA